CAACAGCCCUGCGCGAUGCAGGCGGACGCUCGCCAUCCGUGGCUACCAUCCAUACACCUACAGGCUGAUGUCCACAUGUGCCCUUGGGCCGGCAAAUGCGGCGGAUAUAUUUCUCGCUUAGUCUAGGUCUGGUCCUUUCCGGAGCCACCAGACCUGUAGCGGUAGCCAAGUGUCAGAGCUGCACUUUUCAAACCCAACGUCGGUUGACCUAGCCUUCUGCUCCUCUUCCACUCCGCCUCACAACUCGUCGCAACUGCCACCCACUUCCUUGCGCCCUCGCCAACCUAUGCUGUCGUCACCAACGUUUCCCGAAGUGCCUACUGCUCGUCUCUCGCAACCCCUCCAGCGGCUGGUCUGCUGACCAGAAAUGGUUAAUUCCAAAGAUUUCGCCUUCAAAGUCAACAAGCAAACUCCUACCGAAGGAGUGUUACCGCCAGCGUAUGGCACCGUCAUCGACUGCCGUCCGGCAUCCGGAAAGCGGGGCAGAAGUGAAAAGGAGGUCAAGUCUCGACAAGUGAGGUUGACCAGAGUCCCGGAUCCGGAUGGCGUAGACUGCAAAAGGCGGAAACGAGAACCCCACGACUCGGCCAACGACGAUGGAGCCGCCACCGCCAGCAAGGAGUCCUGUGUUGGCGCCAUGUCGACAGCAUCAAAUUCCACGGCGUCAGCUGAGCGGCCGCCUGCUGUGCGGAAAUCGCAGCCAGCGCCCACCAAGUUCCGAAGAGGCACGGUUCUAAAAAAGCAAGUCGAUCUGGACAGCUGGUUUACCAUUUUAAGAUUUUCGGAUCCAGCACAGCUGUUGGAAAUGCGCACUAGGAUUGCUUCGUGUUAUCGAUUUCUAAGAGACAACCCCAUGCUUUGGAAGCACAGCAGGGACCAUUUUUACGACGAUACCCUUCCGGAUCCACCUUCGGAGCUUUCGGAGUUCCAGUAUGCCCAUUUGCGACACGGUCACGGAUGCAUGAGCUGCCACACAAAGUCGACGCGCAAAACGUACUGGGCGUUCCUCCGUCGAUGGUGCAAGAACUGCCUGCAUUCCAAGAUCAUCAAAGAGCACGAUGUUGUGGGCAUGCUCAAGGAAGCAAGCGAGGAGCACAUGCUGGACCUCCUCAAGUGUUUGCCCGUGGCCAUUUUCGACUCAUGGGACAAUUACGUCGGCGUUGGACCUGGCAACACGCACCCGCAAAAGAAUGUGUAUGUUCUUCGAGAUGUAGAAGUUCUUCUCGCGCAGCAUGCCCAGGAACGAGACGAGAAUCCUGCGACGUGGCACGCCGAGUGCAGAGUGUGGAUGAGCGAAAAAGAGAAGGUGAUGCAGGAGCGGCACGACUUUGCGCGCAAGAUGGAGCUUUGGGAAGACCACGCAAGACAGUCCAAAUCGUCCGACUUCCAGGAAAAGAAGACGGCACGCAAGAAGUACUUCCAGGAGAAGGCGGCCGAGCUCACGCCCCCAAUCAGCGAGAAAGAACUGCAGCUGUGUCCAUCGUACCGUCGCGCCGUCGUCAUUCCGAAGAUGCCCAACAUGCUUUCCUGGUCUCAGCUCAAGCCCAAGGUCGAGAAGGAAGCGGCGGACGUCAGGGCGCGAUGCACGACGCCGGAUGCCCGCCGUCUGCCUGACCCGUUCGGGUUGGGUCGCGAUCGAGUCCCGCAUCAUCUGCCUUUCUUCUCGCAGCCCAGCAGCAGGACCACGACACCGAGUACGGAUCCGUUCUUCUAGUACGGGACGAGUGGGACUUUGCGACAGUGACUAGUACAUACUCACACUUAACGACUCCAUGACGGACAUAUAUACGACUUCCGGUGCAUGGCAUGGAGUUUAGACGACACUGGGGACAUAAUAGGGACCGCGACGCCUUGCUUACACUUUUGGGUUUGUUCAUCAGCAUCUAAUGGUCCAGGCUGGGAGGAUGCAUCAUUCGCACGGGACGGGGGGUUCAUUGUUACGGCGCAACGGCAUAGACGGACGUGUUACGAGUUUCUGUAUCCAUGGGCAUGUUAUUUCUGUCACCUGAAGCGUUCAUGACUUUCAAUGGCUGCUUUGUAAUGCAGGAGAUGCGAGCGGUAGAGCCUAAAUUCAACUUCUGUACACACG